AUGACGACAACAACCGAGUCUGUUCCUGCUGAACAAUGCGACAAAGACACCGCUGGGAUUUCUGAUGAAGAAAACAGCGACGAUGAAGUUUUUCAUGAUGCGCGGUUCCCCGCGGAAGAAGAAGCUAGUCUUCUGAAAGAAGCCCACGAUAUCAAAAAGGAAGCGAACCAAUUAUUCAGCUCCGGAUGCUAUGACCAAGCGAUCUCCUCGUAUGAUCGAGCUCUCGCCUCAUGCCCCAACUACCUCGAUUAUGAUGUCGCCGUGCUUCGGUGUAACAUAUCUGCGUGCUACCUGAAGCUAGCUGAUUGGAAAGCCGCAAUUGACUCCGCUACAAUGUCUAUCGAUCGUCUCGAAAAGGUCAUCCCCUCAGAACUGUCCCAGGAUACUCAGCGCGGCGAGACCAACGCCUCGAAACAAACGAACAACACGGCGCAAGACAGCGAUGCAGUGGUGGAGAUUUCGGGGGACGACGCCGACGUGGAGGAGAAGGAGUUACAACGGCUGAAGGAAUUAGAUGAAACCCGAUCCAAUGUUCUUCGGAUACAAGCCAAGGCCCUCAUGCGACGGGCGAAGGCAAAAUCGCAGAUGGGUGGAUGGGCCAAUCUUCAAGGCGCUAUGGAAGAUUAUCAGGUUCUGGAUAAGAUGGAGAGUCUCCCAUUUGAUGAUAAACGUAUUGUGCAACGCGCGCUUCGAGAGCUUCCAGGUCGAGUUGGAGAGGCUCGGGAGAAGGAAAUGGGCGACAUGAUGUCUAAAAUGAAAGAUCUGGGGAAUGGCAUCUUGAAACCCUUUGGUUUGUCCACAGACAACUUCAACUUUGUACAAGACCCAAAGACAGGAGGUUAUUCAAUGAAUUUCCAAUCCUGA